CCUCUCACUAGAUUCAGUGCGACGUUUCGGUGAAGUUGUAAGAUGGCGACUGUGCAUCUGAGAAUCGGGGAUCUGGUUUGGGGGAAACUUGGACGUUAUCCACCGUGGCCGGGAAAGGUUGUGAGUCCUCCAAAGGAUCUGAAAAAACCAAGAGGCAAAAAAUGCCAUUUUGUGAAAUUCUUUGGAACUGAAGACCAUGCGUGGAUUAAAGUGGAACAGCUGAAGCCAUACCACCCACACAAAGAGGAGAUGAUCAAGAUAAACAAAGGCAAGCGUUUCCAACAGGCAGUGGAUGCUGUAGAGGAUUUCCUGAAGAAAGCAAAGGGGAAAGAACAGAACUCUGAGAGCAAAGGGGACUCUAAAGGAAAAAAGACUUCAACCAAGCCUCUUAAAAUUCUAGAAGAAGAUGACGAGGAUCUCAGUGCUCUCAAGGAUCCUUCUGAGAAGGACUUAACUGACUCUGACCCCGAGCCGUCCACUGUUGAGAGGCUGGGGGCAGGACCUGGCUCAGGAUUCAAGUGGGAGAGCAGUCCAGUAAAGGAUGACCCACAUUUACACCACUUCCUGCUCAGCCAGUCUGAGAAGCCUGUGUCAUCGUUGGAACCCAUCAGCAAACGCCUGAAGAUCAUUGAAGAGGACACAAUAACAUCUAUCCAGGCAGCGGACAGCACAGCCAUCAAUGGCAGCAUCAUCCCCACAGAUAAACGGAUAGGGUUCCUUGGUCUGGGGCUUAUGGGCAGUGGAGUAGUGUCUAACCUGUUGAAGAUGGGACAUGUGGUCACAGUGUGGAAUCGCACUGCAGAAAAGCAGUGUGAUCUAUUCAUCCAGGAGGGUGCCAGGUUAGGGAGGACCCCAGCUGAGGUGGUCUCCAUGUGUGACAUCACCUUCUCCUGCGUGUCAGACCCCAAGGCCGCCAGAGAUUUGGUGCUUGGUCCCAGUGGUGUGCUGCAGGGGAUCAGGCCAGGGAAGUGUUAUGUAGAGAUGUCCACCGUGGACCCAGAGACCAUUACAGAACUCUCUCAGGUGAUCACGUCAAGGGGUGGCCGUUUCCUGGAGGCUCCUGUGGCAGGAAGCCAGCAGUUGUCCAAUGACGGGAUGUUGGUCAUCGUAGCGGCUGGAGACAGGACGGUGUAUGAAGACUGCAGCAGCUGCUUCCAGGCCAUGGGCAAGACCUCCUUCUUUCUAGGUGAGGCAGGACACGCAGCAAGAAUGAUGCUGAUCCUCAACAUGGUGCAGGGCAGCUUCAUGGCAACCAUUGCCGAGGGGCUGACCCUGGCUCAAGCCACUGGCCAAUCACAACAGACCUUUUUGGACAUCCUAUGCCAGGGUCAAAUGGCAAGCACUUUUGUGGACCAGAAAUGCCAAAAUAUAUUACAAGGCAACUUCAAGCCAGACUAUUAUUUGAAACACAUUCAGAAAGACCUGAGGCUAGCCAUUUCCAUGGGCGAUACCGCCAACCACCCAACUCCAAUGGCGGCUGCAGCCAACGAGGUCUACAAGCGGGCAAAGGCGCUGGACCAAUCAGACAAUGACAUGUCGGCUGUCUACAGAGCCUACAUUCACUAAAUGUGAAGACGUGACCCAUCCUCUGGACCACAAUACCCCCUUUUGGAUUUACAGUUUAUUAUUGUUUUUGUUUCACCUCACACCAGUGAUGCCCCCCCCCCCCCUCCCUCCCUUAAAUGGGUAACCCAACUUAGCCAAUGUUGAGCAUUGCACUGACUGAAAAUAGAUAUAUCCUGAAAGAAUGCUCAACAGAAGGUUCGAGAGCGUCUUGUGGGGAGGUCACUCUGAGGGUAAAUGCAGGGUGUUCUGAAUUGGUUUAGAAUGCCCCAUUGCGUAUAGCAGGGUGUGGAGUAGGAAAUGAAUGCAGCUUGUUGCUUUUUUUGCAUCCCAGGAGAUUUUAAGGUGCGCUGGUCAUGGAUUGAUAUGCAUAUUAUUUAUCACACACUUUACUUAUUAGUUUAUUUAAUUCCUUUGUGAAAUGUCACCUCUUUUUUUUACGUCCAGAAUUCCGUGAACUGUAAAGCUAUCGAUAUAUUAUCUAAAAAAAGACAGAAGGCUAGAAAAGCACCAAGAAAAAUGCCACUGCAUUGCCUUAAUAUUGUAAUCCAAGAGUCUAUGAACGAUGGAUGUAUUUAUUUAUUUCAGUUUUCCCUGCUCUACAUCUCGUUUGUUUUGGUGCUGUUGGACAUGGUUUGUUGUCCUCAAAUAAGUAUUUUUUUGGUGGGGGGAGGCAAAUUGUAACAAGUUAUGGUUAAAAGGAUCUUUUUAGGCCUUAACAUGCAGUCAUUUGUUUUAGUUCUUAUUGGGACUUACGGUCAUCCUCAUACCUUCAAUAGCUAACUUUUAACAGAGUUCAUUUUACAUGUUUUUAUUUUCAACAAGAUAAUGGUUCACAUUCUGACAAGAGGUUGUUGUAAUACAUUUUAACCUAAAUCAUUCUUCCACCUGCUCUUUCAGUCAGUACCAUGUUUAUUGUUUCAAGUAGACACUGUUGAGUAACUAUGACACCCAGAGGUUCGCAAAGGCCAUUACUGUAAUAUGCAACCAUUUUAAGUUGGUCUUGAAUUGGGUUCCGUGAAGGCAAAGUCAAUCAGUGACCAAUGGAUACAGGCCAUUGGUCAAUACAAACAAAAAUUUAAUAACAAAAUGCAUUACUUUUAAGGAAUUAAAGAGAAUAUCAAAAUAUCCCAUGCAUCCUUAUAUCUUAGCAAAAGAAAAUCACAGAUAAAAUGGAGUAAUUGUUGAAUUGAUUUAAAAUUGUACAUCUAUUUGAUUGUGCAUACCUAUUUUCAGUUCAUUGAUUAAUCAUUAUUUCACUUACCAUUUUAUAAACAUUCUUUGCCAAACACGUGAAUGAAGUUUUAGUUCUAUAGACGUUGGUACACAUUGUAGUGUACAGAACUGUUUUUAGGAAACAUUCAAAUGAAAUGUAAAUAGCCCAAUUGUUUGUGUGGGUUUUCUUUAUAAAUGCAUAUGGGGUAAUAUAAAAAAUAAUUUUGGUUAAGACUCCACAGACUGUCUAUACUAGUGUCUUAAUAAUGUAGAUUGUUCUGUUAAAUGUAAAUGGUUUAUUAAGUGGCUUAUACAACCAGGCUUACAAUGGCGAUAAAAUGACAAUGAUUCAAAUCACAUUUUGUGUAGGAAGGGUAAAACUAUUGAUUUGGGAUAUUUAUGAUUUUGUGUACUUGUGGAAAAGUCAAGGCUUUUGUGCAGUUUAAUAAAUUUUCUCCUGAUUGA